AGGGGGCUUGGCCUCACAGCUUCGACACCAUCUCCCUUCUUCUUCUUCUUCUUCCACCUUCCAAGUUCCAGAGCCAUUGUUGGUAGCUACCUACUUAAUCGACACACCUGACCUGAGACGUGCAAUGGCGAUCCCUGUCAUCGACUUCUCCAGGCUUGACGGCGACGAGAGGGCGGCUGCUCUGGCGGAGAUCGCCGCCGGGUUCGAGGAGUGGGGUUUCUUCCAGCUGGUGAACACUGGCAUCCCUGACGAGCUGCUGGAGAGGGUGAAGAAGGUGUGCAACGACUGCUACAAGCUGCGCGAGGAGGGGUUCAACGGGUCCAACCCCGCGGUCAAGGCUCUGGCGGCCCUGGUGGAACAGGAAGGCGAGGGCCUCGCCCCAAGGAAGGUCCAAGGCAUGGAUUGGGAGGAUGUCUUCACCCUCCAUGACAACCUUCCAUGGCCCUCCAUCCCUCCAACCUUCAAGGAGACGAUGAUGGAGUACAGGACGGAGCUGAAGAAGCUGGCGGAGAAGAUGCUGGGCGUCAUGGAGGAGCUUCUUGGGCUAGAGGAAGGGCAAAUCACCAAGGUCUUCUCCAAGGACGGCGACUUUGAGCCUUUCUACGGCACCAAGGUGAGCCACUACCCGCCGUGCCCGCGCCCGGAGAUGGUGGACGGGCUGCGCGCCCACACCGACGCCGGCGGCCUCAUCCUGCUCUUCCAGGACGACCGUGUCGGCGGGCUGCAGGUGCUCGGCCGCGAUGGCCGCUGGGCCGACGUCCAGCCCGUGGAGAACGCCAUCGUCAUCAACACCGGCGACCAGAUCGAGGUGAUGAGCAAUGGCCGGUACAAGAGCGCGUGGCACCGCGUCCUGGCCACCCGCGACGGCAAUCGUCGCUCCAUUGCCUCCUUCUACAACCCGGCGCGCGCUGCCACCAUCGCGCCGGCGAUCCCGGCCGCCGCCGACUCCGGCCCUGGCGGCGACUACCCGAGCUUCUCCUUCGGGGACUACAUGGAGGUGUACAUCAAGCAGAAGUUUCAGGACAAGGAGCCCAGGUUCGCUGCAGCGGCGGCGAUAAAAAAUAUGGUGGACUGAUCAGCCCGAGCGACCAGCCAAAAAUGGCUGCACCUGCAAAGCUUAAGCUACUUCUUCAAUCUUCCUCCUCUUGCUCUCUUAAUUAAGUUACUCGG